CUUUGUUCAGGCCGCCCAAAAGACGCUAGCUGUCGCACCUGUACCUCUCGGCGCGAGAUUUUUCUCUGAGACAAGAUUCUAAGAGAUUCUCCUUGAAUCAUUUCCAAUAGAGGAUUAAUCUCCUGAAAAACAGCCCAGAAUGGCCACAUCCCUGGAACCUGAGGAACAAAAAGGACUUUUAAUAGUUAAGGCAGACCAUUAUGGGGGACAGGACUCCAUCUCACAAAAGUACAGUCCUCACAGAAGGGAACUCUUCAGGCAGCACUUCAGGAAGCUCUGCUAUCAGGAUGCACCUGGACCCCGUGAAGCUCUUACCCAGCUCUGGGAGCUUUGCCACCAGUGGCUGAGGCCAGAAUGCCACACAAAGGAGCAGAUUUUAGACCUGCUGGUGCUUGAACAGUUCCUGAGCAUUCUCCCUAGGGACCUGCAAGCAUGGGUGCAGGCACACCAUCCAGAGACUGGAGAGGAGGCGGUGACUGUGCUGGAGGAUCUGGAGAGAGAGCUUGAUGAACCUCGAAAGCAGGUCCCAGCCAAUUCAGAAAGACAGGACACACUUUUGGACAAGUUGGCCCCCUUGAGAAGGCCACAUGAGUCACUGACUAUCCAGCUCCAUCCCAAGAAGACCCAGCAGGAGCAGGAAUCUGGGGAGCCCCAAAGGACUGGUGAUAAAACCAAGACUAAGAAUGAAGAGUUGUCCCAGAAGGAAGAUAUACCCAAAGACAUGGAAUUCCUUGGGAAAAUAAACAACAGACUUACCAAAGCUAUUCCUCAGUAUCCUGAAUCCAAAGAUGCUAUUGAAAGUGAAGGCAGAUUCAAGUGGCAACAGAGGGAAAGAAGACGCUAUAAAUGUGAUGACUGUGGAAAAAGUUUCAGUCAUAGCUCAGACCUUAGUAAACACAGGAGAACUCACACUGGAGAGAAGCCCUAUAAAUGUGACGAAUGUGGAAAAGCCUUCAUUCAACACUCACAUCUCAUUGGACAUCAUAGAGUACACACUGGAGUGAAACCCUAUAAAUGUAAAGAAUGUGGGAAAGAUUUCAGCGGGCACACAGGUCUCAUUCAGCAUCAGAGAAUCCACACAGGUGAAAAACCCUAUGAAUGUGAUGAGUGUGGGAGGCCUUUCCGUGUAAGUUCAGCCCUUAUUAGACAUCAAAGAAUUCAUACGGCAAAUAAGCUCACUAAUAUGGUGGAAGUAACGAAAGUUCUUUAGACACUCAGGCCUAAUUAGUUAUCAGAGAAAUCUGCCUUGGAGACCUUGAGUAUCCUGAUGUAGGCAAAUCUUCAAUCAUCAUUAAAAAUUUCUCUGGCACCAGAGAAUUUACCUGAGUAAAAUUUCCUUUUAUUUCUAAAGUAGUUCAGUUUCUUGGAAGGAACUAAGAGUUAUUUCAGAAAGCCUUGUCCACUGCCAGCAUUGCUCACUUGCAGCCCAAAAUAACCAUGUUUCCUGGUCCUGGUUGAAAGAUGUGAAUUCUACCUCUUGACUCUGGCUCCUUUUUCCUUGGCCACUCAGUGUAUGACUUUAGGCAAGACAUUCAUAUUUUCUCUGCCUUCAUUUUCCCAUUCUGCCAAGUGCAGAUGAUAUAAUAGAAGCCCACCGGGUAUGCUGUAUUAAGUUAAAAUAGAUGAAAACUGCUUUUGAAAUUAAGAACUAAAACCAUACUAUUUUUCCCCUUUAUUAGUGAUAUAAUGGCCUAAAUAUCCCUUAUCUUAAAGUGGGGAAUAUAAUAAUUUUGUGGAAUAUUUUGCUUUGCCAGUGAUAAAAAAAAGAGGAAACCACCAGAAAGAUAGCAGGCUAAGAAAAACAUUAAAAUGGAGAGGAAAGCUAUAAGUCAUCAGUGGGAGCUGCUGGGAAGGGGCAUGAUGGAGUGUGUUAGGGAUCUGUAACUUUGGAUAAGUCACUUCUCUACUGAAUCUCAGGUCAUUUAAACUGAGGGAGAUCGGGAGAGGUUGGUCUAGAACUGCACUGUCCAAUAUGGUAGCCAGUACCCACAUGUGGCUAUAUACAUUUAAACUUAACUGGAAUAAAGUGGAAAAUUCAGUUCCUUGGUGACAUUAGCCACAUUUCAAGUGCUCAGUAGCCACAUGUGGCUGGUAGCUACAAUAAUGGACAGCACAGAUCCAGACCAUUUUUUAUCACUGCAGAAACUUCUCAAGGACAUUGCUGUUCAAUCAUUAGUAAGGUAACUUCCAGCUUUGGUAUGUGAUUCUGAGUUCAGGAAGGUAGCAAGAGAGAUAGCUGAAGAGGCUGUAAUAGCAAUAGGAGAUAAAAUACAAACACCUUAAAACAAAGUAAUUUAGUAAAAAUAACUCUGUGGUACUUUUUCAGCCUUAGAAAGAGAGUGUAUUGUAAUUGGAGUAAGAUGAUUAUUAAGUGAAUACAAUAACCUAAUAAUUAAAAUUGAAAGCUUAACUUACUACCUCAUCUCUAUAAAAAGAGUGUAAUUACCUUUACAAGGUAACAUCCCCUGUCAGUUACCCUAUACUAAUGAGAAACUGGGACUCUCAGGACACUAAUACUUUAAGACACAGUGAACAAUUUAGUUUUUCUUUUUCUUUUUGGCUUCGGAAUGUAUUAGCAUUUCAUGAACGUAUUUGUGACAGUUUUACAUCACUAGUUUGAGAAUUUUAUAGCAUGACAGGAAUUGUGACCAAAGGCCAACACGUUCAAAUUUACAACACCAUCAAACUGCCACGAACCACUGAUUCUAGGAAUAGACAUCACCAAAAUGAUCAGAAAGUGAUCUAAUCUCUUACUGAAGACACUAAUUACACAUACUUGCUUUGAGAGUAGGAAAAGCACCAGAAUAAUUUUGUGUCUACUACUAUUGGAAGGUGACUCUUAAAUCAUUCUUCAUAACACCAUAAAGAUAAACUGAGCUUUUAUAUCUUUUGAACAUAAUGCUCCUUUUAAAAAAAUAAAAGUAAGUUUACUUUGAAUGUAUA